AUGGAUGCCCCGAACAGCACGCCAGACCAGGAAAGAGAAGGAGAACAGCAGCUCAGUGCAUUGCUAAUCGUUUGUGAAAAAGACAAUUCGCAGGAAGCUUCUGAUCAUGCGCCAAUGGUAAGUGGAACGGCUCAGCUUCCAAUGCUCUUGUUGACCAUUGCAGCUCUCUCCCUCGCAGCAGGAAGCAGAAACAAGACGUAUCUUGGCGACCAAGCCAUUUCAAGCCAUAUUGAAGGUGCUAGCAGAUCUCGAACACGAGGAUCCAAGUUCGCUUUUCCAGCGGCUCGACUUGUUGGACUCUAUCGACGCCUAUGGGAGUCGUACGUGUCCAAGCACAUCGAUGGCGAGAAUCAGGUUCCGGCACCGUAA